UGGGCGCACAACUCAACCCACCACCGACCCAACGCACAAGAACAGAAACCAUACACACCGGGCAAUUCAGUUUAGCAAGCAUUGCUGGGAGGAGCUAGGGGGACGCACACGGAAGGCUAAGCAGCCGGAUCCAUGGAGAGUGCCGGCGACAAGGUGAUGAGCAGGGCCCAGAUUACGGACACGUUCACGGACUCCACCGUGAUCCCCGACAGGUAUGUCCAGUCAGAUGAGGCCAGGGAGGGGGUCGUCGUGGGCGACGACGAGAGCUACGAGCUGCCGGUCGUAGACAUGGCGAUGCUGCUUGACCCGGAGUUCUCGGAAGCGGAGAUCGCCAAGCUUGGCUCUGCGUGUCAGGACUGGGGCUUCUUCCAGCUAACAAACCACGGAGUUGACGAAACAGUUGUACAAGAUAUCAAAAAUAAUACUAUGCAGUUCUUUGGCUUGCCGCUGGAGAAGAAAAAAGCAGUGGCCAUCGAAGCAGGUGGCCUCGAAGGGUUUGGACACCACUACAGCAGAGCAUCCUGUGAAAAGUUGGACUGGGCAGAGUGUCUAAUCCUCGUGACGGAGGACAAUGUGCAAAGGAACACUCGGUUUUGGCCUGCCGAUCCAUCAACAUUUAGGUAUGCACUUGAGAAGUACGCAAUGGAGAUAUCAGACCUCACAAGCCGCCUCGUGCCGUUCAUGGCGAGCGACCUCGGGGUCGAGCAGGAGACGCUCGUGGAAACCUUCCAGGGCAAGAGGCAGAGCGUUGCCUUCCACUACUACCCUCCGUGCCCCCACCCGGACAAGGUUAUCGGCAUCAUGCCGCACCACGACGCCUUCGGCCUCACGCUGCUGCUGCAGGUCGACAACACCCCCGGCCUGCAGGUUAGGAAAAACGGCACGUGGCACCCAGUGAACCCGCUGCCAGGCGCCUUGGUCAUCAACGUCGGCGACAUGCUCCAGAUCCUCACCAAUGGCACGUACAAGAGCGUCGAGCACAGGGUGCUGCCGGACGCUGAGAAAGGCCGGGCCACCGUGGUGAUGUUUCAGCAUGCUUGUGUUGCCGGGAUGGUGAAGCCGCUCCCGGAGCUAGGCGAAGCGACCUACAAGGCCAUCGAGAAGCUUGAGUAUGUCAAGGGGAGCUCCAAGGUGCUGGCCGAAGGGAUAUGGUUUGUUGAUACUCUCAAGAUCAUGUGACCUUACCUAAGUCGGUCAAGAAGGCAAUCUAAAGAAGUUGCUUGCUUUAUUAUGUCGUGUAUGUAUCUAUCAUGUGGCAAUUACAAACCCAAACAUAAAAUAAACUAGUAGAAUGCCCGUGCGUUGCUAUGGGCUACAAUACAUAUAUUUUAAAAAACAUCUCUGGUUUGAUCUCUUAAUCCAAUUAUCCUCCUUAAUAAAAAAUAUAUGUGUGCCUUAGGACCUACUAUGGGUUUGGUCAUGUGGGCGUUCGCUGGUGGCCAGCAUCUUAUCAUGGAUCAUUGUAUUCUUCUCUUUAGUUUUUAAUUUUCAUUUCCAUUUUCUUUCUUUACCAUGUACAAUUGGCGUGCUGUUUGCCCUCCCUCUAUCAAUGAAA